CUUGUAGGUAAGGUAAUCCUUGUGUCUAUUGGUAUUCGUUAGGGUUUAAUAGUGCUUCCCUCAGUUGGCCAGUGGCCACUCUUUCCUCUCUUCCCGCAUUGGAAUCCUCAAUUUUGUUGCUCUUGAUUCCUCCCAUAGCCAUCGAUGGAAGCUGCAAUAGGCAGCACGGAGUUAAGGAUUCGGAGUGAUCAGGAUCCCCCCAACGGAUCUCGCGCUGCUUCUUCCUCUUCCACCUCCGUCCUCUAUAGGAAGAUCGAGUUUCAUCCAUCCAGGAAACCCUUCAAGGGCUUCUCCAAUGGCGGCGCCGAUUUCAAGAUCGAGACGCUGAAUCCAGGCUCCGCCGAGAAAUUCCCUGCUUCCGCUACCACGCCCGUCAAAAGGGCCGAUGCCUCCGACUUUUGGGAGACGCGGUUGGAUCCGGAGCUCAGUUUCGGCAUUACCUUCCGCAAAAUCGGUGCUGGAUUGGAGAAUCUGGGUAAUACGUGCUUUCUUAAUUCGGUACUGCAAUGUUUGACAUACACCGAGCCCUUGGCUGCUUACCUGCAAAGCGCUGCCCAUCAGAAGUCAUGCCAUGUUGCUGGGUUCUGUGCCCUUUGCGCUAUUCAGAAACAUGUCCGAACUGCUCUACAAGCUAAUGGCAGAAUAUUAGCACCAAAGGAUUUGGUCUCCAACUUAAGAUGCAUAUCCCGCAACUUCAGAAAUUGCAGACAGGAGGAUGCGCAUGAGUACAUGAUCAAUUUGCUGGAAUGUAUGCACAAGUGUUGUUUGCCUUCUGGUGUACCAAGUGGGUCAUUGGAUGCUUAUAAGAGCAGUCUCGUGCACAAAAUUUUCGGUGGACGCCUCCGCAGUCAGGUGAAAUGCAUGCAGUGUUCCCACUGCUCUGAUACUUUUGAUCCGUUUCUUGAUUUAAGUCUGGACAUUGCGAGGGCGGAUUCAUUACAGAAAGCACUUUCUCACUUCACGGCUGUUGAGCUCCUAGAUGAUGGUUCAAAGAUUUACCAAUGUGAACGGUGCAAGCAGAAAGUUAAAGCUGUCAAACAGCUCACUGUUUCUAAAGCACCUAAUAUUCUGACCUUCCAUUUUAAGCGGUUUGAAGCAUAUCAUUCGGAAAAAAAUGACAAGAAAAUUCAGUUUGGCUCUACAAUCGACAUGAAACCCUUUGUUAGCGGUUCCUAUGAAGGUGAUCUGAAGUACAACCUCUAUGGUGUUCUUGUUCACUAUGGUCGAAGCGUUCAUUCUGGUCACUACGCUUGCUUCAUUCGCACGAAAAGUGGCAUGUGGUACUCCCUUGAUGAUAACAGGGUUAAACAAGUUGCUGAGAAGACUGUUUUCGACCAAAAAGCUUAUAUGCUGUUCUAUGUCCUUGAAAGAAAAAAUGCUGCGCCAAAGACUGUAGCUGCAAUAGUCCCAAAAGAUAGAUCUGGAGGAAGCCUUGCCACAAAUAGGACCUCGUCGCUUUUCCCUUCUAGUUCAAGAGAAGUAAACAGUUCUGCAGUCAUUAAAUCAUGUGAUGUAGAUGCUUCUACUGCGAGAAAUCACAAAGUCACAGAGAACAUUUUGACAGCCAGGGUAACCCUUCAGAAGGAGGCACCUUCUCAGCAAACUAAUGACAUGGUGAUGUCUAAACGGUUUCUGGCAAAGGCGGAUUUGAAGGGUAAAUGCACUGCUUCGACAGUAUACCAAGGGGAGGUUUUUAAACCAGUAUCUCCUUUCCUGACUAGAACUAGUUUCACUCAAAGUCUUGGAAACAUCCCAACUUCUGGUGUCAUGUCUGGAAACUGUAUCAAGGAGAAGAGUUCUGUGAACAGAUUGAGUGCACCUGUUGAUGUAUUAUCAUGUACUGCCAGCUUUUCACAUGAGACUACACGGAAAGUUAAUCUUUCGAAUGCCACCAAGAUUGGAGAUCCUGUUGACAAGACAUCCAUGGAGGUCUCAGUUGUAGCUUCAGUGAGAAAUUCCCGCAAAAAUGCUGGCUUGGCAAAGCCUCCAGAGAAGCCAGACUGUAAUACCAGUCAGAUUGAGACUGCGACAAGUGGUAAUUCGCUGACCAAAAAAGCUGUACUUAAUCAUCAGAAGUUGGUCACACAGCGAGCUGAUGAAGCAGUAAUCCCAUGUGACAUGUCCACUGAGUCGGUGAAGAUUUCAAUUUCUGAUAGCGUGACCCUUGUCACACCAAGAAAGGUUCACAAGCCUCACAAGAGAAACAUGUCCAUGGGCUUAAAAUUUUUUAAGCUGGCUCUGGGUUUGCGUAAGAAGGGGAAGCACAAAAAGGGAAAACUAAGAGCCUCAGCUGUCAAGAGUAAACCCGAAGAGCAGCUUUUAUCUCGGCAAAAUGCAGCAGAUCAAGAGCCUUCGACUUCACAGGCAACUAGCAGAGUUUCUUCUGGCUCCACUCAUUUGCUUGAGAAAGAUAAUAGUGUUCGUGCCCAAGAUACAAGGAUAGACGGUGUGGUGGGAGAACUCAAGGAUAGAACUAAUCAAAAUGGUUCUGUUCUUGCAUCGGAGAAGCGACCGGUCGGCCACUCUGAUGUGUCUGAAGUAAGUCAACAAGCCAAAAGAAAGAGAGCUUCUUCAAAAGAUGAACAAGUCAAGUACGAGAAAGCAGCUCUGAGCAUUCUCACACGGGGUUUGCCAGAGACCACGGUUGGAAAAUGGGACGAUCAAGAGCAAACUUCUGGCCAUGUUACAAGACCGGAGAGUGAGAAUGGCAGUAUCGGUUAUGUAGGAGAUGAAUGGGAUGAGGAAUAUGAUAGAGGGAAGAGGAAGAAGAUAAAGAGGAAUAAAAUGGAGUUCGGAGGGCCAAAUCAGUUCCAAAUCCGGGCUUCAAAGAAGCUCCUAAAGCAGGCCGAGAGAAAGUCAAAAUGGAGGCAGAACAUGAGCACUGUUAAGACGGCCUUCAGGAUUUGAGAAAUCGAAGCGGUCGGUGGGAUUUUCUUCUUCUUCUUAUGGUAUAUAUAUAUAUAUAGUAUUCUUUAUCAGUCGGCUACAAGUAUUUUGUAACUCAGUUAUGUUGGGCCAAGUAGUGGAAAAAGGGAAGCAGCUUUUAUGCUGUUUAAGUUAGGGUUUUGUUUUGUCCUCCCUCUCUCUCAGCUUAUCAAUGAAGACAAAAAAAAAUAAUAAUCAUUGAGUUUUUGUCGGUUGUUUCGAGUCGUGGGAUUGAAGAACGCAAUGUGGUUCACCCUCCAUCUUCUAUAGUUC